AUGAUCUCUUACUCUCUUUUCUACUACUUCCUUAUCUCUCUCUCUCUUUCUCUUUCCCCCUUUCUCUCAUGGUCUCUUACUCUCUUUUCUACUACUUUUUUAUCUCUCUUUCUCUCCCCCCCUUCUCAUGGUCUUUCACUCUCUUUUCUACUACUUCCUCUUUAUCUCUCUUUUAUUUCUCUCUUUCCCCCCUUUCUCAUGGUCUCUUACUCUCUUUUCUACUACUUCUUCUCUCUCUCUCUCUUUCCCCCUUUCACUCGUGGUCUCUUACUCACUCUCUUUUCUACUACUUCCUUUAUCUCUCUCUCUCUUUCUUUUUCCCCCUUUCACUCAUGGUCUCUUACUCUCUUUUCUACUACUUUCCCCCUUUCUCUCCUUUAUCUCUCUCUCUCUCUCUCUCUUUCUCUUUCCCCCUUUCUCUCAUGGUCUCUACUUACUCUCUCUUUUCUUUCCCCUUUCUCUCAUGAUCUCUUCCUCUUUUUCUCUCUCUUUCUCUUUUCCCCUUUCUUUCCCCCCUUUCAUUCAUGGUCUCUUACUCUCUUUUCUACUACGUCCUAUCAUGUUCUCUCUCUCUCUCUCUCUCUUUUUCUUCCCCCUUUCACUCAUGGACUCUUACUCUCUUUUCUACUACUUCCUCUUUACUUCCUCUCUCUCUCUCUUCUCCCCCCCCUUUCACAUGGUCUCUCUCUUUUCUUUUCUCUCCUCUCUUUUCUCUUCCCCUUUUCUCUCAUUGUCAUUUACUCUUUUUUACGUCCUAUCUCUCUCUCUCUCUCUCUCUUUUUCUCCCCCCCUUUCUUUUUAUCUCUCUCUCUCUCUUCUUUCCCCUUUUUCUCAUGGUCUCUACUUCUUUUCUACUCUCUCUCUUUCUUUUCUUUCAUUCAUGGUCUUCCUCUCUUUUCUUUAUUUCUCUCUCUCUUUUUUUCUUCCCCAUUUCACUCUCUUUUCUACUACUUCUCUUUAUCUCUCUCUCUCUCUUUCUUCCCCUUUCACUCAUGGUCUCUUAUUCUCUUUUCUCUUUCUUUAUCUCUCUCUCUCUCUCUUCCCCUUUCCCUUUCACUCUCUUUUCUAUGGUCUCUUUAUCUCUCUCUCUCUUUUCUUUCCCUUUUAUUCAUGUUUCUCUCUCUCCCCUGUAAUUUCUACUACUACUUCUCACUCGCUCCCUCCUCUCUCUGUUUCUCUCUUUGCCCCCUUUUUUUUUCUCUCUCUCUCAUAUUUAAUUCAUGGACUCUCUCUUUGGUCUCAUUUUUACUACUUUCACCUUCUCUAACUCUCUCUCUCUCUCUCUCUCUUUUCCACUUUCCUUUUCUCUUUUUUAUAUUUCAUUCAUGGGCUCUGUCCCCUCUUCUCAUUUCUAUUACCCCCCCUCUCUCCCUCUCUCUCAUUUCUCGAAUGGUCUUUCACGUCGAAAUAAUCGCUCUCUCUCUCUCUCAUUCUCUCUUCAUUCCACUCUUUCUAUUUUCUUUAUAUCUCUAUUUAUAUUUAUUCCGAAGGAUUGAUCUUUCAGGGACCAUUUACCUCUUCUUUUCUUUUCUCUUUCCCUCUCUCCUUCUUUCUUUCUUUCUUUCUUUCUUUCUUUCUUUCUUUUUCUUUCUUUCUCUCAGCGGCUUUCUAUCUCCUUCUCUGGCUUAUAAUCUUUUUUUUCUCUUUCUUUCACUAGUUUUCUAUUUGUCUUUCGCUCUCUUUGUUCCUCCUUUCUUUCCCUCUUUUUCGCUCUUUCCUUUCUGUGCUCUCGUAGCAUUCUCUCUCUCUCUCUCUCUCUCACUCUAUCUAUCUAUCUAUCUAUCUUUAUCUAUAUCUGUCUUUACUCUUUCAAUAUUUAGCUUUUUCUCUUCUUUCUUUCUUUCAUUUGUUUCCUUUUACUUUCACUUGUUUCUCCGCUUGAUUCUUUCGCUCGCUGACUUCUUUAUCAGAGGAGACUUUCUCACUUUUGUCUUCAUCUCACUGGCUUUCUUUUCUUCUUUUGUUUUCUUUUUGUUUUCUCUUUCUUUCUCUGGUUUUCAUUUUUUCCCCCUUUCCCUCACUGAUUUUCUUUCUUUUUUAUUUCGAUCGACAGAAUUCUCUUCUGACCCUGUUAUGUCAAGUGGGUUGGUCUGA